UCUCUGUCUCUUGAUGUGACAACAAAAAGAAGAGAGUAACUCUCUGCCUUUCUUAUAUACAAAAGAAAACUUCAACUUCUCUGCCUUUGAACGCGAAACGCAACCGCGAAAAUGACGGAGAAGGAAUGUGAGCAUCACCACGAUGAAGAUGAGAAGAUGCGGAAACUCAUAGGAGCGGUAGUUCUUGGGUUUCUUGCAGUUGUUCUUUUUGUGGUUUUCUUGGUGUGGGCGAUACUUCACCCACACGGACCGCGUUUUGUUCUUCAAGACGCAACCAUCUACGCAUUCAAUGUUUCUCAGCCCAAUUAUCUCACUUCUAAUCUUCAGGUCACUCUUUCUUCUCGAAAUCCUAAUGACAAGAUCGGAAUUUUCUAUGACCGCCUUGACAUUUAUGCUUCUUACCGUAACCAACAGGUGACGUUGGCGACUUUAUUGCCGGCGACUUACCAAGGCCACCUUGAUGUGACAGUAUGGUCGCCGUUUCUGUAUGGAACAACCGUACCGGUGGCACCAUAUUUUUCUCCGGCGUUAAGCCAAGAUCUAACGGCGGGGAUGGUGCUUCUGAAUAUUAAGAUCGAUGGUUGGGUUAGAUGGAAAGUGGGAACGUGGGUCUCCGGUAGGUACCGCCUCCACGUCAAUUGUCCGGCUUACAUUACCUUAGCCGGACAUUUUUCCGGUGACGGUCCAGCCGUAAAGUACCAGCUAGUCCAACGAUGUGCCGUUGACGUUUAAACAAAGGGAUAAUCAUUAUUCUUUAGAGAGACUAGAGUACUUUUCUUGUGCUUUUAGUGUUUUAGUUAAGUAAAUUCUUCGAAAUGUU